GUAUAUCUCCUGAACUGAACCUCAUCAUAGAAUGAUCGAUUUUCUGCUCUCUAAUAUUAUAUCGUCUGCUUUAUCUUUGUCCUUGUCCUCAAGAUGGCUAACCAAGCAGACGUUAUUGUGGUCGGAGCUGGUUUAAGUGGUUUGUCUGCUGCGAAGCUACUACAUGAAAAGGGAAUUGAAGUUCUAGUACUCGAGGCACGAGAUAGAGUUGGUGGUCGGACAUUUACAGAACACAAUCCUAAAGUGAAAUAUGUCGACCUAGGUGGUGCAUACGUGGGUCCAACUCAAAACCGUAUCUUAAGAUUAGCAGAUGAAUUUGGCAUCGAGACAUACCUAACAAAUGAAGUCGAAGAUGUUAUUUUUUAUACAAAGGGGAAGUCAAAAAGAUUCACUGGAACAUUUCCACCAAUGGGAAGUUUUCUGGCAUACAUGGAUAUGAACAAUUUGUUUCGACUUAUAGACCAAAUGGGCGAAGAGAUACCUAUGGAGGCACCAUGGAAUGCUCCGAAGGCAAAGGAGUGGGAUUCGAUGACAGUAAAAGAAUUUUUAGAUAAAAAUGUGUGGACAGCUGCAGCCAAAGCUUUUGCAACAUGCUUUGUACAAGUGAAUGUGACCUCCGAACCUUAUGAGGUAUCUUUAUUAUGGUUGCUUUGGUAUGUUAAAUGUGCAGGAGGUUCCAUGCGAAUCUAUUCAACGACUAAUGGAGGUCAGGAAAGAAAAUUUGUAGGCGGUUCCCAACAGAUAAGCAAACGGAUUGCAGAAAAAUUAGGAAAAGAAAAAGUUAUCCUCAGCUGUCCUGUUUGUCAUAUAAAGCAGAAUGGUAACGAUGCCACCAUCAAAGAUCUUCAUGGAAACACUUAUAUGGCAAAAUAUGUAAUAAUGUCAGUUCCAGUACCAUUACAAAACAGAAUAGUAUAUGAACCUCCAUUACCGGCAAACCGAAAUCAAUUGAUUCAGCGUAUGCCUAUGGGAUCUGUAAUAAAAACCUUUAUGUAUUAUGACACACCAUUCUGGAGAAAAGACGGGUUUUGUGGAUCCUCGGCUAUUGAUGAUGAAGAUGCCAUUAUAGGAUUUACCAUGGAUAAUGUCAAUCCUGAUGGUUCAUGUCCAGCUCUAAUGGGAUUUAUAUUAGCGGAUAAAGCAAGAACAUUAUCAGUCUUAUCGCGAGAUGAAAGAAAACAAAGAAUUGGAGAACUUUAUGCAAAAGUAUUUAAAUCAGACCAAGCCAAACAUCCUAAACAUUAUGAAGAAUUAAAUUGGCCUGCAGAGCAAUGGUCUGGUGGAUGCUAUACAACAAUGAUGCCACCUGGAUUUCUUACCAAAUUUGGCAGUGAACUUAGAAAAUCGGUUGGUAAAAUGUAUUUUGCCGGAACAGAAACUGCUACCGAAUGGUCUGGUUAUAUGGAAGGUGCUGUACAAGCUGGAGAACGAAGUGCCAGAGAGGUCAUGGCUGAAAUGGGAAAAUUGUCUGCAUCAGAAAUUUGGCAGAGAGAACCUGAAAAUAAGCGAGUAAAAUCAAGUCCGUUUCCAUCUACUUUCAUGAAUAGACACCUUCCAUCUGUGCCAGGAUUUUUUGGACUGUUAGGGAGUGUUGGAAUUCUAUCUGCAGGAGUAUUAGCUGCUGUAUUAUACCAGAGACAUUUUCGUUGAAACGUGUGCUGGCAUUAAACUUCCAGUGUACUGUAAUCUUCUCCUCAAAUAUGUUGUAGGAACUAAUGUUACAACUUGAAGGGGCAAUGCUAUGGUCUGUCUGACAUAAAAACAUUGUAUCUUCAAAAAUGAAACAAAUACAGUUACCUAAAAGGAUAUGAUCUAUUAUUUAUAAACAAAUAUUUUUUUUUGUAACUGAAAUAACCGUUAUAGUAUUGCAUGUUGAACCUAAUGAAUGGAAUAGUAUCGAU